AAUCACUGUCCGCUUAUUACUCAAGAAUUAUCGCAUUUUGUUGCAAAAACAAGAAAUAAACCCCAAUUUCCUAGUUUUGCGUACAGUUCUUUAUACAUGCGACGUGAUACUAAGCUUGCAACAUGAAUACAAUUCAAGAAGAAACCUCUAAUCCUUCGUUAAAGCUGCUAAGCUGUCGAGCUUGCCUAGCUACCGAUAUUAAAUUGUUUAAUAUAUACGAAAACAAACUCGCUGAAGCUUUUGCUCAUAUCACAGGGAGUCCCGUGCUCUUAUCAGACGGGUUGCCGCAGCACUUAUGCAGCUACUGUCGUAGCACUCUGCUCAAAUGCAGAGUGUUCAGGGCCCGGAGCCUCCGUGCACAGCAUUGCCUUAGGGCAGUCCCUUUGCAAAUUGAGCUAACCACAGACUAUAUCAGAACCAUAGACCGCCACUCUCACCAGCUCAUCUACUUAACACAAACAAGAGUCGAGACCACAGACUAUAGAGAUAUCCUUGAAGUGGAUGUAAAAAAAGAAGAGUCAGACAUAGACAAUUUCAUCCCAGAGUCUGAUGAUUUGAAAAUAGAAUAUGAAAUCAAAGAUAAAAUAGAUGAAGGCAUAGACAAUGGAGAUUUCAGUGAUGAUAAUACAGAACAGAUAUUUGUAGCCACCAAUCCGGUGAGAGAUGUAAAAGUUAGAAAGGGAAGGAAGAAAAAAACGAAAGCAGAAGAGAAGAGAGUAAAAAAGAAGAUAAAGAAGAGGACGUCAGAUAAUGAUUAUUUGCCAGAUUUCGAUUUUGCCAAGUUUGAAAGUAGUUAUAGUGUUGAAAUUAUUGCUUUAACAAAGGAGCAACAAUUAGAGGAGAUUCGGGCGCGCAAGCAGAGCGCCAACUACCAGUACGCGGCGUACAAGUGCGAGGAGUGCGGGAAGGGGUUCAUGGCCAACGACGCUUAUAACAACCACAAGAUACGGCACAGCCCGAGCAUGGGCGCGCACGCGUGCGAGAUCUGCCUGGUGCGGUUCAAGCGGCAAUCUCGCCGCCAGGAGCACCAGGACCUGCACCGGCUCAAGUUCCUCUGUAAGGAGUGCAGCUUCGUAUCUAGGAACAGGUAUCAAGCGAAGAAGCAUUUCGAGUGGCACUCUGGCAAGAUCCACGUCUGCAAACACUGCGGUGCCAGUUUUACCAAGAGUUCAACAUACUUGUCGCACGUGCGGCUCCAGCAUCCUGCGAUGAAUGUGGCAUGCGACGUGUGCGGCGAGACGUUCGUGGGACGACUGGGACUGUUGCAACACAAGUCACGAGCACACCAGGUAGGGUCGCCAUGUGAGGGAGUUAGCUCGACACACUUGUCGCACGUGCGGCUCCAGCAUCCUGCGAUGAAUGUGGCAUGCGACGUGUGCGGCGAGACGUUCGUGGGACGACUGGGACUGUUGCAACACAAGUCACGAGCACACCAGGUAGGGUCGCCGUGUGAGGGAGUUAGCUCGACACACUUGUCGCACGUGCGCCUCCAGCAUCCUGCGAUGAAUGUGGCAUGCGACGUGUGCGGCGAGACGUUCGUGGGACGACUGGGACUGUUGCAACACAAGUCACGAGCACACCAGGUAGGGUCGCCAUGUGAGGGAGUUAGCUCGACACACUUGUCGCACGUGCGGCUCCAGCAUCCUGCGAUGAAUGUGGCAUGCGACGUGUGCGGCGAGACGUUCGUGGGACGACUGGGACUGUUGCAACACAAGUCACGAGCACACCAGGUAGGGUCGCCGUGUGAGGGAGUUAGCUCGACACACUUGUCGCACGUGCGCCUCCAGCAUCCUGCGAUGAAUGUGGCAUGCGACGUGUGCGGCGAGACGUUCGUGGGACGACUGGGACUGUUGCAACACAAGUCACGAGCACACCAGGUAGGGUCGCCGUGUGAGGGAGUUAGCUCGACACACUUGUCGCACGUGCGCCUCCAGCAUCCUGCGAUGAAUGUGGCAUGCGACGUGUGCGGCGAGACGUUCGUGGGACGACUGGGACUGUUGCAACACAAGUCACGAGCACACCAGGUAGGGUCGCCAUCAUCCUGCGAUGAAUGUGGCAUGCGACGUGUGCGGCGAGACGUUCGUGGGACGACUGGGACUGUUGCAACACAAGUCACGAGCACACCAGGUAGGGUCGCCGUGUGA